CUAGCCCAUAACACCGUAUCCAAAAACGCCAAUCUUCAAAUUCAAUUCCCACCACUAUACACAGAUCGGAUACUGUUGAAAAUACUCAGAGAGAUAGCCAGGAUCUGGAAGAUAUUGAUGCACAUUUUAAUGUAUUUAGAUAUUAAUCUAGAUGUCGAGAAAAUCGAGAAAAUAGUAAAAAUUGUCUGUUGUGGUGAAAAUGUCCAUUAUGAUGGGACACACCAACACAGGAGGGUAGUGUUGGCGCGUCAGGGGGCACAGCUAGUUAACGGUAACUAUUCUGAGAGCUAA